UGUCCUUCACAGUCAGACUCGGCUGCAGCGUCUUUCCCCUCGUGGACUUGACCUGUGUGUUGACGGAGAUGCGUCACGACUCCUCUAGCAGUCGUCGGAAGGGCAAAGCCCCUCAACACCGCUCCGAGGUGUCGGCCCCAGGGACCUCUGGCUCCACAGCACGGUCCCCAAAGAGGAGGAGUGGUUCAGUUGUGCGUCCUGUGUCUCCCAAGAAGAGAAGGUUCCGACCAGGUACUAGGGCCUUGAUGGAAAUCCGCAAGUAUCAAAAGAGCACAGAUCUUCUGCUCAGGAAGGGACCGUUCUCUCGCCUGGUUCGUGAGGUUUGUCAAAGUUUUUCCAGAGAGUCUCUCCGGUGGCAGGUCUACGCUAUUCUCGCCCUGCAGGAGGCUGCAGAGGCGUUUCUUGUCAUGCUGUUCUCAGACGCCAACCUGUGUGCAAUCCACGCCAAGCGAGUGACCCUGUUCCCCCGCGACAUUCAGCUGGCACGGAGGAUCCGCGGCGUGGAUACCCUGUGAAGACAUCUCACAAACAAGUGUCUAUCUCGACAGGAACGAGACGCUCUCGUUCGACCAGUUUAAACUUUCCACCUUUUUUUAUGAGCUUUCUGCUCAGGUGCGACAUUUUAUUACAUUUGGGUGUCAAGUAUCAAAUAUCAUCAAGCUGACACGUUCAGGUCCACUGAGUCGGCUUCAAGUGUUUUUAAAAAGAAUGAAAACUGUGAAAACAGUUUUUAUACAUAUGUAAAUGAUUUUAAUACCCUGUGUUUUACUGUGAUCACUCCUCUGUCAUGUGUCAUUGAUGUGUAAAUGUUGCUCCCUAAUUCAUGUAAACUAUUUUCUUAAUAAAAUCCAUUUUCCUCCUAAUAAA